CUCGCUCAUUGUGCGAGCGAGUCGGUCCGUUGUGGUUUUUCUCAUCCUAGUCAUCACAAUUUAGGGCGCAGGGAUAUAAUAUCCUGUCCUAAAUCCGACUCGAAGGUCGACAACGAGGCCACUUGUCGGUCGGUUGUGUAGCUGUGUUAAAUAUUGAGCCGGGUUUCUGGUGUUAUUCCUUUGUAAAUACUGUUAUUUGUAUAUACUGUAAAUGAUGACGUCCAUGGGCGGGAACCGAGGCCGGGGCAGCUGGGAUCAGACACAGGGCCAGACACAGAGCCAGACACAGCACAAGCAGCGGCCUCAGGCUACCGCAGAGCAGAUCCGACUCGCGCAGAUGAUUUCAGACCAUAAUGAUGCAGACUUUGAAGAGAAGGUCAAACAGCUGAUUGACAUCACAGGCAAAGACCAGGAUGAGUCUAUGAUCGCACUGCACGAUUGCAAUGGGGAUGUCAACAGAGCCAUUAAUGUCUUGCUCGAGGGUAGCCCAGACACUGACUCUUGGGAAAUGGUGGGGAAGAAGAAAGGGGUGUCAGGCCAGAAGGAGGCGAGCCAAGCAGAAACCGGAGAGGAAGGAAAAGAGAACAGGGAGAAAGGAGGAGAGAAAGACGUUGCACGUCGUCGGGGUGGAGCUCCACGCAGGGGCCGUGGAGCCAGCAGGGGGCGAGAGUUUCGUGGUCAGGAGAAUGGCUUGGAUGGCGGCAAGGCUGGAAUAGCUGGAAGAGGUGUGGAACGAGGUGCAGAGCGAGGUGCAGAGCGAGGUGCAGAGCGAGGCCGAAGGGGAAGAGGCAGAGGAAGAGGGACUGUCGGAGUGUCUGGACCACGGCGAGGAGGCAGAUUUUCAGCGCAGGGCAUGGGCCAGAUUGAUAAGGGGCCCACAUAUGAUAUUGCAGGAGGUGAGAGAACAUUCAACCCUGCUGACUAUGCAGAGCCAGCCCAGACAGAUGAAAACUAUGGAGGGGGCAGCACCUGGAACAACAUGGGAAACAUGGAGCUGGAAGAGUCGGCUAGGUUGGAAUACUCUGCAGGAGAGGGAACAAAUUACCCACCCAAGUUUGACUCUGCUCCUGGUGCGUGGAGGACUCCCACGGAGGAGUGGGGCACUGAAGACUGGAAUGAGGAUCUUUCAGAGACCAAGAUAUUCACAGCAUCCAGUGUGGCGUCUUUGCCUCUGCCUCAAGAGAAUGUUACCAUCACCAAAGGACAGAGGAUUGACCUUGCAGUGCUCCUGGGGAAGACUCCCCCAUCCUCCUCCUCCGAGGCAGAAAACCCCCCCAUGGAGGCCACCCAGCCUUCCUCCUUGUCCCAGUCACUGGUUUUCAGCAAUUCCAAGCAAGGGGCCCCGCUCUCCCAAACAACUUCCAGCACCCCUUACACCCAGCACAGCAUGGUCAGCAUGCUGAGCAAGGGAUUCGGGGAUGUAGGAGAUCCUAAAGGAGGCAGCACAGGGACCACCGGCUCUCAGUUCCUGGAGCAGUAUAAAACAGCCCAGGCGCUGGCCCAGCUGGCAGCCCAGCAUUCCCAGACGGGACCUCCAAACACAACCCCUUCAUCCUGGGACACCAGUGCCACUUCACUGGGACAAUAUGAUAUGAAGACUCAGACCGAGUCUGUGGUCCAUUCGCCCUUUACAAAGCGGCAGCCCUACCAGGCCACCACCGCAACAUCGUCCAUGUUGGAUGUUUUCCUGCCUCCUUCCUCGUCUGUCCCCACGUCUUCUUCGUUACCCCAACAAACAACAUCCUCACCCCACGCAGUGCCUCCGCCUGCGUCAUCCCUUCCCAAAAUGGCAGCAGUCCCGUCUCUAGGUCAGCAAGUUUCUCCAAGUUCUUCAGAUGCCCAUGGUUCAAGUCCACUGCCUUUGCAGCAACACAAACUCAAACAGCAGAAAAAGAGGACCUCCAUUACAACAAAGAUUCCGGCCAUGGCAGUGGAGAUGCCCGGCUCAGCAGAUAUUUCAGGCCUAAAUCUCCAGUUUGGAGCUCUGCAGUUUGGGUCAGAACCAGUUCUGUCAGAGUACGAGUCCACCGCUACCACCACAACACCAGCCAACCAGGUUCAGAACAGUCUCUACACGAGCCCCAGCAGUGAGUCGACUCCAGCUCUUUCCAACUCCAGCCAGGUGGACCUGUACGAUCAGAGAGCGCCUCAGACACGACGCUACCCUCCUUCAGUCUCCUCCUCCCCUCAGAAGGAAAUGCAGCCAAAGAAUGGCUUCAGUUCAAUACAAGCAACGCAAUCUGUGGAAGCUGCAGUAGGCUCUGCAGGCUCAGUCAAGCCGGCCUCUAAUACAGCCUCGGCGGCAUCUGUCUCCAGCAUGGGCACUUUGACUGACAGCGGCCCAGUCCCUGCCUCCUUGUUGGCUACAUCCAAUCAGGUGUCCCUAAGUGCUAUGGGGCACAGUGAAGAUCUGUCUCCAAGCACCAUGCCUCCCCCUCAGCACAACAACUCUCACCCAUCACAACAGAACAACCUUGCUCCAUCUUCAGUCCGGUCGUCCAACUCAAGCUUAAUGCAUCCCAGUGUAGACGGUGACUCGAGCCUACACACCUCCUCCUUCCCUUCUUCCGUCUCAACCGUGCAAUCUUCAUCAGUCCCCUCCUCUUCCUCGAUGGCUGCCUCCGCGCACGUGUCCCUUGGGGGCCCUCAGACCUCCUCGGUGGGCCCAGCCACGGUUUCAGCCCCUUCCGGCCUCUGCCCCGUCAGCAGUCUGGCCAUGGGCCUCAACACUGCCUCCAUGGGUGUUCCAGCUGGAGUUUCAGUCUCCGCCACAGCUUCAACCAUUCCCUCUUCAGCAAAUUCCUCUUCCACACGCAGCUCUGCGGCGUCCUCAGGGAAAGCACCUCCGAACCUGCCACCCGGAGUGCCCCCUCUACUGCCCAACCCCUACAUCAUGGCCCCAGGACUACUGCAUGCCUAUCCUCCUCAGGUGUACGGCUACGAUGACCUACAGAUGCUUCAGACAAGAAUACCGCUGGAUUAUUACAGUAUUCCCUUUGCAGCGCCCACAACUGCACUGACUGGCAGAGAGGCCAGUCUGACGAACAACCCUUAUUCUGGCGACCUGUCAAAGUUUGGUCGAGGUGAUGCAUCAUCCCCGGCGCCAGCCACCACGUUGGCUCAGACACAACAGAACCAGACCCAGACGCAUCACACAACGCAGCAGACCUUCCUCAACCCGGCGCUGCCGCCUGGCUACAGCUACACAAGCCUUCCAUACUACACUGGCAUGCCCGGGCUGCCCAAUACCUUCCAGUACGGACCUGCUGUGUUUCCGGUGGCUCCUACCUCGUCAAAGCAGCACGGUGUAAAUGUCGGCGUCAACGCCUCGGCUACACCUUUCCAGCAGGCUAGUGGAUAUGGUUCCCAUGGAUACAGCACUGGCUAUGAGGAUGUGGGCCAGGCUUCAGGGAGUGGGGAUUUCUGUAAGGGCGGAUACGGCACUGCCGUGGCCGCUGCCGCUUCUGCACAAAACAAGCAAGCCAGCUCCGUCACCGGGCCUGGAGUCGGAGUCUCCGUGACAUCGAGCAACACAGGGGUACCAGAUAUUUCAGGGUCUGUUUACACAAAGACGCAGCAGUCUUUUGAGAAGCAGGGUUUCCACGCUGGCACGCCGGCAGCUUCAUUCAGCCUGCCCUCGGCUUUGGGCAGCGGGGGACCCAUCAACCCCUCGGCGGCUGCUGCUGCCUACGCCCCGGCCCCAUUCAUGCACAUCCUGGCACCGCACCAACAGCCCCAUUCUCAAAUUCUGCACCACCACCUGCAGCAGGACGGACAGAGCGGCACUGGACAGCGCAGCCAGAAUGCUUCCAUUCAGCAGAAGUCUCAGAUCAACAAGUCAGCAUACAACAGCUACAACUGGGGUGCAAACUAACCCCCACCCCCCACCCUGUGAACGAAGCAAGGAGGGGGCUCGUCACUCCCUCUGCAAAAACAGCCUCCACAUAUGAAACUCCCUGUUCCUCCUGCAGAGACGUCCCUCCCUCGUCUCUUGGCCCAGCACUCCUGCAGCUCCGACUGCGGUCAGAGGAGGUGCUGUGCCGAGAGAACGAGCACUGUAAGGAUGCACGGAUGGGUGGGAGGGACAGAGGAGUGACCGGAGCUUAAUGGUUAUAGAAAUACACCAUCAAGAGGUGAAAUAUUGAUUGUUGGGAAUUUGUAUAUUGUAAAUCCCUCCGCCCCUCCCCCUUUUUCUUUCACUUGUAUGUAACAUAGAACUGUUUUCUAAAAGAAUGAACAUUUCCUGUGCUUAUUUUGUCUUUCCCCCCCAUUUUUUUCUUGCUGAUGGGGAGGAAUGAAGUAAUAUCUUUAGGUGGGGGCGGGAGGGGGGGCAGACUGGUUUUGUAUAUCUCACGCUCUACUCCCCCACUCCUUAAUUUAGGUGGAAACAUUUCCAUCCCACAGAAAAUAUUCAAACAGUAGUUUGGUUAAUUGCUGUUUAUUGUGGGGUUUUUUUCCCCCCCCUCCAUUCAUUUUUAUGUCAUUUUAAGUUUGAAGAAACAAUUCUUGCAAUUGGUAGAGUUGUGAAGUUUAUUUUUUACCAAAUAUAGAUAUAUUAUAUAUAAAGACAUAUAAGCAAGCUCACUGGAUUGGACUGUGAGGAAAGUGUUUGUCAUGUGACUGCGUGCAUGUUUGUACACGGGGGGCUGUGGUUGUGUUACUGUGCUUUGUUUUUUUUGCCAAGCACAGGGUUUUUCAUUAUCCAACACUUGUACAGUAACUGCUCCCAUGAAUUAUAAAUAUGUUGCAUAAAGGUCUCACUAUUCUGCAAGAGAUGUUGAGAAUGGUUUCCAAGGCCAAUACACACCCAGUCUGCCUUCCAGUGUGUUUUUUUCUUUUCUUUUCGAGGCCCCCCACCUCCUCCCUGCUCCACCACCCACGCCCCUGACAUUGUAAGGAAAUUGCAGCAUUGAAAACUGAUGGACAGAAUUGUACUAUGGUUUUUUUUUUGUCAGUGAUUUAUUUUUUCUUUUUGUACUGUGCGUUUUAAAAACAAAAACAAAUUUAAAUGGAUAAACUUGUCUUGUACAUAUAUAAAAAAAAAAAAAACCCCACAAGUACUGUAGUCCCCAUUUGUUCGAUGGCUUUUCUCCUUUUCCUUCUCAGAUCCUUGCAGACUUGUUAGCUUUUUGUUUCAUAUAUUUUAAUUUUUAUUUUGUAAAAAUAUAUAAAUAUUAAGUAAAUAAAUGAGAGACGUUUUCAUCA